AAAAUGAUGGUUAAGAGAAACAAACGGGAACAAAAAGCUGUGUACAUCAUGUGUAAAACUCAUCACUAUUGUGAUGUGUGGGGGGAAUGUCUGUGACCGCAAGCAUGUCUUUAGAUUGACCUUUUCUAUUCAUUUUCGAUAUCAAUGUUUUCCUUUUCUAAUUUUUGUCAAUAUAAUAAUCCCGAUGAUUCUCUGUUUUAUGGUGAUGGCUUUGCCACAUUAGUAAAGCUUCAAGGACACAAGAAGCUUGUCACUGGAAUUGCACUUCCACAUGGAUCAAACAAACUUUAUUCUGGCAGCACCGAUGGGACACUUCGGACAUGGGACUGUGUUACUGGUCAAUGUACUAAUUUGACGAAUCUUGGUGCUGAAGCUACCUCUUUGAUCAGUGAGGGCCCGUGGAUUUUUGUUAGUCUGCCUAACAUUGUCAAGGCAUGGAAUAUGCAAACUGCUUCACAUUUAACUCUCGAUGGACCUAAGGGACGAGUCCUUGCCAUGGUUGUUGGCAAUGAUACACUCUUAGCUGGAGCAGAGGUAACUACUCACACAUUGGUUUAUGGUUAUAUAGUAUGUUUUGUUCUCUUACUUUUAUUAUUUAAAUAUCAUGAUGGUGUAAUUUUUGCAUGGAGAGGCAGUUCUAAAUCCAAUUCCCCUUUUGAACUGGUUGCAUCACUACGCGGACACACUAAAUCUGUUGUUUGCCUGGCUGUUGGAUGUAACAAGAUGUUGUACUCAGGAUCCAAGGAUCAAAGCAUCAAGGUUUGGGACCUAGACAAAUUUGAGUGUAAAAUGACACUCAAUGCGCUUACAGGAGAAGUCACAUCCCUUAUUUGUUGGGACAAAUUCUUGCUAUCUGGUUCAUCAGACUGCACUAUCAAGACUUUGCUUGAGAAGAUGAAGUCGGUGUACACGAAUGUAGAAGGUCUUCCUCCGGAUCGAAUUGUGGAAAGCAAUUGCUUCUCCAGGGCGUGGUAUUUUGGCCAUGGAUGAAUCCAAUGCUACAUGUGGAAAGCGGUUGGAUUCAAUUGGACUAGAGAACACCGAAGCUAAC